ACAGCUGCCAUGAUUGACGUGUUGAUAGCCAAUGAGAGCUGUUUCUAAGAUGGCUGCUCAGAGAGAUGACGCAGCGUAUUGGCGCUCCACAGUGGGAGCGCUUGCUGUAUGUCGGUGGCUGUGCCGUGGUGAAAACUAAACAGAAAAAGGCGGGGAUAGUUUCUUUGUUUGGCAGCAACGUGAAGAAAACAAACGUACCCGGGAACACGGUGCAGGGCGAGGAGACGGAACGAGGUCGGCACAUGAAGUUAGCAGACAGUUAGCAUGGACUCUACAGGACAAUAUUCCUAACCUGGAGGAAUUCUUUCCAUCUGUGGACACUUCCGGACUACAGGAAUAUUAAUAAGACAGGAAAGGACGGGGACUGGAGGUUUAGGACAGACUCCAGCUCAUCUGUGGGACGAGACCCUUCUGACUUCAGGACGUCCGUCUGAAUUAGUUCCCCCUGAAGAACAAGAAUGAGUUCUCCACAAAAGCUCAUCUGUGGGACGAGACCCUUCUGACUUCAGGACGUCCGUCUGAAUUAGUUCCCCCUGAAGAACAAGAAUGAGUUCUCCACAAAAGGGGGUCGUUCCUGACGAAGAAACAAGACCAGGCAGUGAGGAAGAUCAUGAGGUUCCUGAGAUGCUGCAGACACAGAAACCGAGAGGAAGAGGAGAAAAACGUCACCACUGUCAGAACUGUGACAAAUCCUUCACAACAUCAGGAUAUUUAAAGAGUCAUCAGAGAGUUCACACUGGAGAGAAACCUUACUGCUGUGAUCUUUGUGGGUCAGCUUUCAAACAACAGAGUAACCUAAAAACACAUCAACGCAUUCACACUGGGGAAAAACCUUACCGCUGUGAUCUAUGUGGGACAGCUUUCAGACAACAGGGACAGCUAAAAAGCCAUCAACGCAUUCACACUGGAGAGAAGCCGUACAGCUGUGAACAAUGUGGGAAAACCUUUUCUGAUAGUGGUGACCUUAAAAAACACCAGCGCAUUCACACUGGAGAAAAGCCAUACAGCUGUGAACAAUGUGGGGAAACGUUUUCUCGAAGUAGUUACCUUAAAUCUCACCAGCGCAUUCACACCGGAGAGAAGCCGUACAGCUGUGAGCAAUGUGGGGAAACGUUUUCUCAACGAAGUAACCUUAAAUGUCACCAGCGCAUUCACACUGGAGAGAAGCCGUACUGGUGUGAACAAUGUGGGAAAACCUUUUCUGAAAGUGGUGUCCUUAAAAAACACCAACUCAUUCACACUGGAGAGAAGCCGUACAGCUGUGAACAAUGUGGAAAAACGUUUUCUCAGAGUAGUAGCCUUAAAUGUCACCAGCGCCUUCACACUGGAGAGAAGCCGUACAGCUGUGAUCAGUGUGGUGAAACUUUUUCUCGUGGUGAUACCCUUAAAUCUCACCAGCGCAAUCACACUGGAGAGAUGCCGUACUGGUGUGAUCAAUGUGGGGAAAUGUUUUCUCAGAGAAGGUACCUUAAAAAACACCAGCGCAUUCACACUGGAGAGAGGCCGUACUGGUGUGAUCAAUGUGGGGAAGUGUUUUCUCAGAGUAGUAACCUUAAAUCUCACCAGCGCAUUCACACUGGAGAGAAGCCGUACAGCUGUGAUCAAUGUGGUGAAACUUUUUCUCGUGGUGAUACCCUUAAAAAACACCAGCGUGUUCACACUGGAGAGAAGCCGUACGGGUGUGAUCAAUGUGGGAAAAUGUUUUCUCAGAGUGGUAGCCUUAAAAAACACCAGCGUAUUCACACUGCAUCGUUGUGAACAUGUUUCAGAGCUAGGCCUGUCGCGAUAGUCAAUAAAUCAAUUAAUCGCGCGAUAAAAAAAAUUAGCUUGAUAAUUUUUCUGACCGCGAUAAUUUCCAUUUGCAUGCUUGUUUGUUUUCCUUUCUCUCUCUACCUCUCUACCUCUCUACCUCUCUACCAAAGAGACUGGAUGACCACUCUCUGUUCCUUACUGUAACAAGGAGUGAACCCUCUUUGUCAGUCACAUGGUCUUUGUGUGGGGAGGCGGGACUACUCCUGACUGAGAGAGUUGGACCAGGGUUUCCAACAGCACUUUGCAGUUAAGGUGCAAUCAAAAGCCACAUAGAAAUAGAUAGAUAUAAUUUAUUAAUUAUACAUUAUUUACAUUUUAGUGUUUCAUAAAUAAUUGUUAAAUGUAGUAAAGUCUUUAGUCCAUUGCACAAACACUCGAGGAAUGCUGCAAACAUUUGACAGCCAGUACGAAUUGCCUGGGAGAACAUACUGUAUGUGUCACAAACAACAGAGACGAAAUACUAAAGGAGAUCAAAGACAUAUUGUGGAUAUUUAAAAUGUCUUCCGGUUCCAGUGUUAA